CUUCACUUUCAGUUGCAUUGCUCAGUAAAGCUGAGUGAAGGGAUAAAGUAAGAACAAUUCUAUAAUUUUCUUUGCAUCACUUAAAAUAUGGAUUUUACAUUCCAUCUCUUCAUGCUGUCCUUCUCAGUUUCAGGCGCCAUACUAACUGGAGCUGCUGUCAUAAAUGGAUCAGUGGGACAAUCCAUUAUCAUCAGGUGUAAAUACAACAAACAUUACAGCAGUUCUCCAAAGUACUGGUGCAAAGGUGACAACAGGGAAGACUGUGUAAUUUUAGUCAAAACCCAACAUUCGAGGAAGACAAAUUCUGAUGGAAGAAUAACCAUAGAAACUGACAAUGAUGCAGGAGAAUUCUUAGUCAUGAUGGACCGCUUAACAAAGAGUGACCAAGGGCUGUACUGGUGUGGAAUUGCAAGGUUUUUGUGGGACUUGUUGAGUCCUGUGGAACUUAAUGUUGCUGAAGAUCCCAAGGUAUCUCUUUCAGGCUCGCCAGCAGAAGAGGAAAUUCUGAGGCAAAAUUCUACGUAUUAUUUUAUCUGGAGCAUUUUACGUUGGUUAUUCUUUGCCAUUCUCCUCAUCUGGGCCAUUUUAAUCAAACUGAAAAUAUAGAUGACGAAAUACAGGACAAUAGGAUUUGUAACUUCAGCUGACUGUAUCAUCAGGACCCUCAGUGCUUUAAAGUAUGGCCUGGCAAUCGAACAACGAAACCAUUUUUGUCAUUUGCCACAUAUAUGGAUGGACUCACUGGGUAAUAUUAUGUAAUAACCCUGCUAUGUUCUUUCAAAAUCAUUCAUUCUCUUCAAGGGUCAGGAUGACCCAAUGCAGGGUAAACACUGCAUAUAGGUCUAGUUGCUGUAUAAUUUGAAAAUACCAACAAGGUUAGGUCAACCCUCAGUGAUAGAGAAGAGCUGAGUAGUUCCAACAAAGCCAGAAGGUGGAACGUUGAAAGAAUUAUUUGGAUCUUCACAAAUUUAAGGGGAAACUUCUCUUCCCACAGCUAUUCAAUGGCAGAGAUUCAUCUGAGUGAUGGAUUUCUGCAGCAGUGCCUGAACUACAACCCCAUGUUUCAAUUUCCAUUAAUGAAUGGAUGUAUGGGUUCUCACACAAAUGGCGAUUUCUAAGCUUGUAAGUUUAAAUGGAGGCGACGACACUAAUGACUAUCAUUAGUUUAUACACAAUAAAGACUGAUAGAUUAAUAAUGGAUGUUUGUCAAAGCAUCAAUUCUUCAUCCAUAGCGUUGAUAACUGAAAUGCUGUUUUUCCAUUUAAUGCAUGUGUACCUGCAGUGUAUAUUAUGGACUAGAAAUUCUUUAGGGGUUCUCUCGAGUUUUUGUUCCAAUAUCCUGUCAAAGUUAUGCAGGAAAUUUGGGAGAACCACCAUAGAAUUCAAUGAAAUAAUCACCUAUCAGCACUUGUUUUUAUUCAUUCACAAGAUAUGGGCCCCACUGGCUAAGCCAGAAUUUACUGCCCAAUGUGCAGUUAGACUCAAUCACAUUUCUGUGAGUAUGGAGCCACAAUGAGGCUAGACCAGGUAAGGAUGACAGUUUCCCUUCCUAAACAACAAGUGUGAACCAUAUGGGUUUUUUUCUACAAUUGACAAUGGAUUCACUGUCAUCAUUAGAUUCUUAACUCUAUAUUUCUAUGGAA